AUGAUGCCCAGCUUUAAACGGCUUCACGGCCGCGCCUUGGUUGCUACGGCUCCGGUUUACUGCUCCGGACCAGCUGCUUCGUCGACCAUCAAGAUGACCCCUUCAUCGGCUUCGUGGACAACUUACCUGUGGCGAAUCAUCCUGAGUGUGUUGGCCCCUUCAUCGGCGCUGCUCCAGUUUGGUUCAUGGGCGGCUUCAGUCUUGGGCCCUCCUGUUCAUGAGCUGUAUCUUCAACCUCACUUCUCCGCACUGCAAAAGGCGCCAAUACAGACAGGCAUUCCCUUUGAAGUCUCAACUACCCCUGAGUUCAACUGCUUCAGUCCGAAUCUUCCAAAUAUCACCAUCUAUGCGACAGGGGGCACUAUCGCUGGAUCUGCUAGUUCGGCUGACCAAACGACGGGGUAUCAAUCAGCUGCGCUGAGUGUCCAAUCUCUCAUUGAUGCGGUGCCACAGCUGUGCAAUAUUGCCAACGUGAGAGGUGUUCAAUUCGCCAACACAGACAGUAUAGACAUGAGUUCAGACAUGCUACAAGCGUUGGCGAAGGAAAUCCAGGCCGAUCUCAACAGUCCAUCUACACAAGGUGCUGUUGUGACGCACGGAACCGACACUCUGGAUGAGUCGGCUUUCUUCCUUGAUCUCACGAUCCAGAGCGACAAACCCGUGGUUGUAACGGGUUCUAUGCGUCCUGCAACAGCCAUAAGCGCUGAUGGGCCCAUGAAUUUGCUGUCUUCUGUGACUUUGGCUGCCAGUGAGAACGCCAGAGGCAGGGGAGUCAUGAUUGCCAUCAACGACCGCAUCGGAUCUGCUCGCUUCACGACAAAGGUGAACGCCAACCAUCUCGAUGCUUUUCAAGCUCCUGAUAGCGGCCUGUUGGGAACAUUUGUCAAUAUCCAGCCCGUCUUCUUUUAUCCGCCAUCACGGCCCCUGGGUCACCACCAUUUCAAAUUACCGUCCCGACCUCCGUCAUCAGCUUUGCCUCAAGUGGACAUCCUCUACGCUUACCAGGAGCUCAGUGUUGGCAUGUUCAAGGCGGCUGUUGAUCUCGGCGCACGAGGCAUCGUCCUCGCAGGCCUUGGUGCUGGAUUCUGGACUUCCAAGGGCACUGAAGAGAUCCGACGCAUAGUACGUGAAACCAACAUCCCCGUGAUAGUGAGCCGUCGACCAGAAGGCGGUUUCGUGGGACCCUGUCAGGCAGGAAUUGGAGCUGGUUUCCUUAACCCCCAAAAGGCGAGGAUCCAGCUCCAACUCGCGCUUGAGGCUAAGAUGGACAACGACGCCAUCCGAGCUCUUUUUGAGCACGCGGGAGUGCACUAA